AUGGCUCACCGUCUGUUUGAAGGCAAGGAGCACGCUGCCUCCUAUUGGAAGUACAGAAUCGCUCCAUCGGAUCACCUAAUACAACAAGUGCUUCACUUCCUGGAAAAACAGGAAGGGCAGCCUUUUGAACUGGCUGUGGAUGUGGGCUGUGGCUCUGGGCAGGGCACAGUACUGCUGGCCAAUCACUUUGCUUCUGUGGUGGGGAUAGAUGUGAGCCCUGCCCAAUUAGAGGUGGCCUUGGGGCAUGCCACCGCCCCAAACGUCACAUAUAGACAGUGUGUAGCUGAGGAGCUGCCAUUCAGUGACAGUUCUGUUGAUCUGGUGACGGCCAUGUCAGCCUUCCACUGGUUCGAGCGGCCUCGCUUCCUCCAGGAGGCCCACAGGGUGCUAAAGCCGCAUGGCUGUCUGGCUUUGCUCAACUACACCAUAGACAUGAAGCUAAACUACUCAGGCUGCUGCUCACAGGAACUCAACCAAGUCUGUCAAGAGUUUUAUGCCGCCUUGAGACCUUACCGCAGUCCCCACCUUGGCCAUAGCUCAGUUGAGCUCUAUCGACAAGCCUUGGAGUCCAUCCCCUACCCUGACAAGGAGUGGCAGGAGUGCGUGUGGGUGAACAGGUCCAUGCCUUUGUCCAGCUACAUUGGGAUGGUGGAAUCUUUCUCCAGCUUUCAGGCCCUCCUGAGAGAAAACCCACAGCAGGCCAGCCAGCUGUCCAGGGACAUCACUCAGAAGUUUUUGUCAGUGAUGAAGGUCACCUCUCCAGAGGCGGAGGUCGUGGUGGGUGUGAGGUAUUUCUACUUGCUUGCAUCCAAACCAGCUGGGGAGUGA